AUGUGUAGGCUGAUUAUCAGUGUUGAUGGUACACAUUUGCGAGGGGCUUAUAAGGGAAAGAUGUUUAUAGUUGUUUCUAAGGAUACAAAGAAUCAUAUAUUACCUGUUGCUUAUGCUAUAGUAGAUGAGGAGACUAUGGUAGUUGGUGUUGGUUUUUUGAACAAUUUAGGUAUUAUGUGGCACAAGAUAGACAAUUAUGUGUUAUUUCUGAUAGACACCAUGUUUAAGAAUAUCACUUUGAAACAUUAUUGUUGGGCUAUUGGCAAUACUACUCAAAGAUGGAAAUUCAACAGAUUUAAGAGACAGAUUAGGGCACUUGAUCCAGCGGCAUGGCAGUAUUUGAGAGAUAUUGACAUAAGGCGGUGGAGUCUUGCUUACGAUGGUAACCAUCGAUGGGGAUGUCUCACAACAAACACUUCUGAGAGUUUGAACAAUGUUUUGCGAGGGGCUAGAUUGUUGCCAAUUAAGGUAGCCCAUCAUUGUAAUACAGCCCUCCCGCCACAUCAUUGGAGCAAAUUCAUGGAGGCUGAAAGACAUGCACAAGGACAUCACAUUGAUGAGUUGAACUAUACAGAUGGAGUGUACAAGAUUGUAACAACAAGACAAUUGAAUGGUAAAGGUGGUCAUGUACACACGGUUCUUUACUAUGAAAAAGAUUGCACAUGCGGAAAGUGGCAGAUGCAUAGAUUUCCAUGUUCACAUGCAAUUGCUGUUUGCCGACAUAGAGGGGAUAAUGCUAUUGACCUUGUGGAUGAAGUUCACACCACAAAGACUUACAUGGCACAAUAUUCUGGCAAGUUUUAUCCUAUUCAUCAUAAGGAUUAUUGGACAAAUCAAGGUUGGGAGAUUCAAGCAGAUUACUCAAGAUUGAUCAAUCAUGAGCGGGGUCGGAGACGUGAAAGUCGAAUACAAAAUGAGAUGGAUCUGAGGCACCCUGAUGAACCUCGUAGAUGUGGAAGAUGCCAUCAAACUGACCACAACAGGAGAAAUUGUCAAAAUACACACCCCAGGGUUGAUAAUGAAGUUGAUAGUUGA